CUGAUACAUAUUGGUAUAUAAAAGUAUUUGGAUCUGGGACUAAACUCACUAUUACAAGUAAGUACCUUAAUAUUUAGUUACAUAUUUUACUAAACGUAGGUAUGUAUUUUAGAUACGUAUUUGAUUUAUCUAGACAGAAUUGUGUUAAGGGUCAUAUAAUCAAAUUAUGCAAAUCUAAUUAUUUCAUUAAUAUAACAUUUUACACACGAAUGAUUACAAAAAUAUAUAUUUAUUCCAAUAAAUUGCAUGAUUAAAACAUAGCUAUUCAAUCUACAUAAUAUAUUAAAUCAUACUGACAAAUAAAGAUUUUAAUUUGUUUAGAAUUAUGUGGUUGAACUUAAAGGUAUUUAUGGGUUAAAUUGCCGAAUGUUCUCUUCGAUGAAUGUUAUAUAAUGUUAUUAGAAUACAAUAUACAAUUUUUGUACCAUGUCACAUAAUAUUUGUAACUAGCCCUACGGUAAGAAGUGACUGCAUAUUUGUAAGGCUCUAUUGACUUGAGGCAUAUUGCAAUAACAGAGAAUUGUUCAAAAUUGCAUCGAAAAUUCAAAUGCAAUUUUUAACUCUUUGUUUAUUUUGUUUUCUCUUAAAUGAAAAAAUGCAUUUACAUGUCGGACAUGGUAAACCAAAGGAAGGUCUCUCGAAGAUAUUAUUAGUCUAGUACAGGGGUGGGCAAUCUGCGAUUUAGAUUACACAGCAUCAGCUUUAAACUCUUAUAUAACUAAACAGUGAUAUAUAUAUAUAUAUAUAUAUAUAAAGGGAAUAAAUCAUAAUUCAUAUUUAAACGUGUGUAUAUAUAGUAAUAUAGUAUACUGUAAAUUUGUAAAUGCCAGUCCAAAAUGUCUAGACAUUUUAUAGCAUGCCUGACUUCUACUAUGAAACAUGCUAUAUUGAUCAAACUAUUAUAUCUAUAAGCCCAGUACUGGCAGACCACUGGCAUAAUUCUGAUGAAUAUUUAUUAGUAGUAAUUUAUUAAUUUCCCCCAACAAUAAUAUAUAUUAAAUAUAUAACAUUAUGUAUUUAUUUAUUGAUUGAUUUAUUUAUUUAAGCUAUGGUCAGUGUAAUUCUACCCAUUGAAUUGUCAAAUGUGAUAUGUUUUUUAUUUUGAAGACCAAGUACAACACAUGCAGCUCCUACUAAUUGCAGUUUCUGCUAACCAAAAUAAGCAAACUGACUGAUUACAACGUGAUCAGCAUCCCAGCAACAGUUGAGAUGUUGCCCACUCCUACCUCCCAGACAGGGAUAAGUGGUUUCUAGUACAUCUGUUGUUGGUAUGCCACAGCACCUGGAGUUGUGGAGGUUGCAUAUUUACCUCUCAACUGCUAAUCAUGCUCAACUUUAUUAUCAGUAUGAUAAGUGCUGGAAUAGUAGUCUGUUAUCCUGGAGAGCAUGAAGACAGCUUUACAAGCAAAACUAAACUUUUAUUUUACUUUUUCCAUUUUCUUUGACAUAACCAGAUAAAAUAUUCUGAAGAACCAGAUUAACUUGAUAUAAAACUUUUAAAUGCACAUCCAGAUCAAAGAAAGUGCAAUUUUUUGUCAAGGAUAUUUUUUUUACCAUAUCUUCGCUCGGUGUAUAACUGUACUGAUGGUCCGUUAAAAGUAAACUCACAUUCCACUUUCUAUUAAUAGUAUUAUUAGUUUUCGGGUAUCUAAGUAUUGAUGGUGAAUUUUUUAAACAGUCGUUAAAAUCCUAAUAAUAAAAUAACAUCUUAAAAAUGGCAACAUAAUUACUUCAAUACUUCCAGAAGACAAAAUGUAACGAGUUGAACAUUUUAUUAGAAAUACAGUUUUUGCUAAGAAAAUCACCACUGUGCAAGGACGCCAGUGUGAAACGAUUUGGAACUGGGACAAAACUUUCUGUGAUUAGUAAGUGCAUAACUUUAAAUAACAGUAAUAAACUAUAUGUAUGUGUAACUAGGGCAAAUAACCAAAUCUUAUCUAAAAGUUUAAAAAUGUGUAUGUUUUUAAACCACUGGAUGCACUUAAAGUAGUUUGAAAUACAUAAAUUUGACAGCUGCAUAGGUAAGUAGGUCAAUAAAUCACAUUAAAUGUGCUUGACAGGAAAAUCUUUAAUUCUUUUAAUGUGUUUUUCUUUAUUCUGAGAUUUUAUAUAUUUUUAUAGACACACACAUAUAAUUAACUAGUAUUUAUUUUUCAUAAUUAAUUAGUUUCAGCACAAUUUAAAUAAAAGGUCACACAUAUAACAUUCCUAUAAAUUUGGAUUUUCUUUGUAUGUUUUUUAAUGAAAAAGGGGAUUUAUAUAUUUCUUGUUAAUAUGAAUCAGCUUCAGUUGAAUAAUAAAAGUAUACUUGUAGUUAAUAGGCAUAGAUAAUUAGAGUUUUCUACUGGGUAUUGAUAAUUUUACAAAAAAUAAUACAACUGUUAAUAUGAAUUUAUAGUUUUCAAUAUGUUUUAAAUCCUGUUUAAUCCUUAUCAUUAUGAUUAACAGAUUUCUGUAUUUAUUUUGUAAUUAUAUAAACUAACAAAUCAUUUUUUUGUGGUGCAAGGAAUUAGAUUUUAGUGCACAAGCAUUUCCAAAGUAAGUAAGAAAAAUUAGCUCUAUGUAUAUUUUACUUUUGUAAGUAAAAUGAUGGCAAAAUCUCAAUUUGUCCUAUUUCUAGAUAGUUCGCACAAAAACUUAAACCUGUAUAAAUGCUUGAUUAUAAAAAAAUUAAAAAACACACAAAAAAAAACAACUUUUUAUUUAUAAUUUAUUGUUGUUAUAUACAUAUAGGAAACACACACACUCAUAAAUUAUAUUGAAAAUAUAUAUAUAAUUUUCUACAUAAUUUAUACGUGUUUCUAUACAUGCACACACACGCACACACGCACACACAAAAGGAAUUAUUUUGUUAAUUUUUUUUUUUAAAUCAAGCAUUUAUAAAUGUAACACAUUUACGUUUUUGUGCUUACUAUAGCAUAGCAUAUAUAAAUAUAUAUACAUAAGUUAUGGUAUCCUAAAAUACAAGUAUUAUUUAGCAUUGCAAAUGUCAUUAUUUAUAAUGUUAAAUAAUGUUUUGAUUAAAUUAUUAAGAUAUAAUAUUCUACAUAGUUUUUAUUUCAAUUAAGAUAGUAACAUAGAAACACAGAAUGUGACGGCAGAUAAGAACCAUUCGGCCCAUCUAGUCUGCCCAAUUUUCUAAAUACUUUCAUUAGUCCCUGGCCUUCUCUUAUAUCUAGGAUAAUCUUAUGCCUAUCCCACACAUUCUUAUACUCCCUCCCUGUGUUAACCUCUACCACUUCAGCUGAAAGGCUAUUCCAUGCAUCCACUACCCUCUCAGUAAAGUAAUACUUCCUGAUAUUAUUUUUAAACCUUUGUCCCUCUAAUUUAAAACUAUGUCCUCUUGUUGUGGUAGUUUUUCUUCUUUUAAAUAUAGUGGCCUCCUUUACUGUGUUGAUUCCCUUUAUGUAUUUAAAUGUUUCUAUAAUAUCCCCCCUGUCUCGUCUUUCCUCCAAGCUAUACAUGUUAAGAUCUUUUAACCUUUCCUAGUAAAUUUUACCCUGCAAUCCAUGAACGAGUUUAGUAGCAUUUCUCUGAACUCUAAAACAUAUCAAUCUCUCUCUCUCUCUCUCUCUCUCUCUAUAUAUAUAUAUAUAUAUUAACUAUAAUAUGUAGGGCUGCAGAUAAAGAAACUGCAUUAAACACAGUUUAACCCCUUAAGGACACAUGACAUGUGUGACAUGUCAUGAUUCCCUUUUAUUCCAGAAGUUUGGUCCUUAAGGGGUUAAAAAUAUUAAAUUUUGUUAAUUUAACUUGAUUUUAUAAUGUAAUAUACUGUUAACUAUAGUGUUGUUAUAUGUUAAGAUAUUUUGCACAUUGAUCUGCAUGCUGGACUUUGGGAGGGAUAUAGGUUGUCUUAUCAAGGAGAAGGGAUUAUUUUUAAUGAUGAAAACGAGGGAAGGGAGCAUGCAAGGCUAACAUUUAACCAUAAAUCAGCUGGCACUAAAUGUAGAACCAAAAUAAAUAUUAAAGACCAAGUAUGGACAAAACCUUUGUAUAACCUGUAUAACAGUCUCCAAAAUUCAAGUUUUCAAUUAAUUUAUGUAGUUAUUUGGUUGGCAAUUACAUUCCAAUUUAAAAGCAAACUCUCCAGUAACUGGAGUGCUAUCUUGUAUCCUUCUUCUCUGAUCACAAUAAUACAGGAGACAGUUUACAUUAGUCUACAACAUAUGCAUAUGAUUCACAUCUCGUUUUGUGCUUUUUGCAUUUUUGGAUUCUUUAAGAGAUCAUUGGGAUUUAAUUCACUAAAGUGUGAGUUGUGAUCAGCUGAUGAUAACCUUACAAAAUAUAACCCAAAAUAGCCAAGCUGGUUAAUUUUACAUCAAGUUUGAAAGCUUGAUGUCAACUCACCAUUUCAUAAAUACUUAAGCAUUAUGUAUCCCUCAUUGUAGUGAAUAUAGUUUAAAGGCUUCAGACCGUUGUUGCGCAGUUAGUCUCAAAUAGUAUGUAGUGAUUAUGGUGUUUAAAGUACCCCCUUUAUGGCUGGUGUGUGACAAAGUAUAAUAAGAAUAAAAGAUAAGGUUUGGCAUUUAAAUCUUUUUUUAUGUUAUUUACAUAGGAAGGAAAUAUGUACUCUUUAUAAUUAUAAAUAUAUACUAUUUAUGAUUGGGUGUAUUCACGAAACACUGAAUUUGCUGUAGCAAAGUUGGUCUCCAUUCAGCUGAACCAUCUAGAAAUUAGUUAAAAGAAUUCCUUUCACUUUUAUGGAAUUCGCUAUAAGCAAUAUAAAAUCGCAUUUAGACAAAUGGAUCCCUACUAUUUUCAGAUGGAUUUCAUUGUUGCAAUGAACUGGAUUUGAAAAUAACUCAACCAAAUUGCAAGAAAGUUGUAAACGAAAAUCUGUUUAAUUUCCUGCUGUGAGUAAAAAACAAAAAUAAAAAGCAAUUCUUCUGUUCUGUGUCAGGAGAAUUGGGUAGAAAGAUGAAGGAAAUUAGUCUGAUAUUAUACGGAUUGAUUAAAGGAACACUAUAGUCACCUAAAUUACUUUAGCUUAAUGAAGCAGUUUUGGUGUAUAAAGUUGUGACUAUAGUGUCCCUUUAAUAUAGAGAUUAAUCAGAUUUUAACAGUUGCCAAAUGCUAAUGUAAGUUGGUCUGGAAUAACCAAAUCCAUUUUUUUGUGAAGAGCUAAAUGAGCUAUAUCAAAUAUUAGAAAAGUGACCUGUUUAAUCAACCCUCCUCCCCCCAUUUCUUAUUUUAGGCCACAAUUAUAUUGUCACAUUCAACAAUUUAGACGUAUCAAUCAGUUUUCAUUAGACAUGAUAUUCAGAACUAAUACAUUUAUGUUAUCAUCUAAAACUUUCUGAGGUCCAUUUAAUUGUUUGUCUUAUGUGCUUUGUAAACAGUUUGUAUAUACUUAGAAAUACAUUUUUUUUUAAUAUAAAUUUAAUUUAAUAUAAAUUAGCACUAUAUAUUUAUAAAGAAAAAAAAUAUAAUUCCAAUGUACAUUUUUAAAUAACAGAGUUAUUUUGUAUCACUCCAUGGUGAUAAAAACUAAACUAAAACCUCUCUUAUUUAAAAUGGUACGUUUUGGCUUGGGUUUGAGUGCACAGAGAGUGAUAAAAGAUUUAGCACAGAGCUAUUGUGUGUGAUUUUCUUUGCUCUUGCAUUUCAUAGGCUUGUUACAGUGAAGUCACCUACUUUAUGCUUCUUAUUUGGGUUGAUUAGUUAGUAGGGUUUUGUAUUAGAUGUCCUGAUUUUGAGCUGAAUGCAGCCACAUUUAGUGUUAGCAUAGGUAGGACUCAAAUAAAAAAGCCUAUAUGUUAAUAUUCACGUCAUUCCUGAUUUGAGGAUGCAAGUCACUAGGUGGCACUUAAUUGAAUUGAAUAUACUGCAAUGUAAAUCGGUCUAUUGUACUUCACAUAUUUUAAUUGAGACCAUAAAUAAUUUUUGAAUGCACCGCAGUGUUAAAUCAUUUAAAAUUAUAUUAAAAAAAUAUAUAUACAAUUGUAUGCUCCUUGUGCAAUGAGCUCAUAACUCAAAGUCAGUUUCUACUUUCUCAUUGUGUUCCAUAAAGAUAUAUAUAAGCAUUAGCACCAUUUUGAUGUCACACCCAUGCGUCCUUAAGGAUGUCUUCCAGAAAUAAAUGAGCAGCUGCUUAAGCCCUUAAGGACCAAACUUCUGGAAUAAAAGGGAAUCAUGACAUGUCAUACAUGUCAUGUGUCCUUAAGGGGUUAAGCAUGUACGCUGACACUGCAGCAUGCAGCUAGUUUUAAGGUGCAUUCAAAUAUGGUUGACUCCUUAAAAUAGGGGAACCAGGGAACUCUUGGCACCAUAACUACUACAGGGAGCUGUAGUGGUUAUGUUGCUUGGCGUGUUCCUUUAACCCUUAAGGACCAAACUUCUGGAAUAAAAGGGAAUCAUGACUUGUCACACGUCAUGUGUCCUUAAGGGGUUAACUUAAGCUCGGCUAUUCAUCCACAUCAUUUGUUGAUAAGAUACCCACCUUUAAUAAAUACUAACAUCAAAGAUAUACUUGCAGGGUCUAAAUAUAAAUAGUAUAUGCUGUCACAGGGAAAGGAUAAUUUAAAGAAUACAAAUUACCUAAAUGUCCUUCUUUACAAAUUAGUCCAUUUAUGAAACAGAAUGUUGUGCUAUAUCAUAUGAAGCUGAGAAAUCCCAUAUACCAUUAGUCCACACAAUAAACUAUCAUGUCUCAUUUUAAAAUGUAAUGUCGACAAGAAUAUUCCUCUAACCCUGAGUUAGACCAAUAAAAACACCAAAACAUUUGUUUAACUUUCAUCUUUUAUAUAUUCAGGCAGCCAGAGCGUUUCAGAACCCAAGGCAACCAUACUGAGUUCGUCCGAGAAAGAAGUACAGAAGACAGGCAAGCUUAUAUACAUGUGUGUUAUACAGAACUUUUACCCAGAUGUUAUCAAGGUGGUCUGGAACAAAGAAGAAAAUACAGCUGAUCUAGAGGCAGAACAAGGAGAUAUAGUGUUGGAUGAUCAACUUAAAACCUACUCAUUGACAAGCUGGAUCACAGUAGACAAAGCUGACUAUGGCAAGAGAUUUUACUGCAAGUACAAGCAUGAAGGAGUUACUACCCCUACUCAAUGGGGAUCAACAUAUAUUGGAGAAAGUAAAGGUAUUAUACAUUGCAUUACUAAAUACUAGGGAUGCAACAAUAAACUGCAAUCAAUUUAGAAAAAAAAGAGUUGAAAACAUUCCUGAAUAUGUAUACACACACUUAGGUAUAACAUUGUUCAUACAAUCAAUACACACAGUCACAUAUUUAUGACAAUAUGAUAAUAUACAGAUGUGUGAUGAUGUUUGUGUCAUAAGUAGCAGAAUAUGGUUCUGAGAAUGAGAGAUACAGAGGUUUAGGGAAUAACCAGAAUAAGCCAGACAAAAGAGAAAGCAUGUAAUUAGAAUAAUAUAUAUAGACACACACACAUACAUGCAUAUAUAUAUAUAUAUAUAUAUAUAUAUAUAUAUUUAUAUAUAUAUAUAUUUAUAUAUAUACACAAUAAAGUUUGGACGUUUUUAAAAGCAUAAAAACAUUGGCAUACCACUAUUCAUAAAGUGGAUUAUAUAUGGUGUAUAUAUAGUGUGUUAUAUGAAAUUUUGGUAGUGAUAAAAGUCCAGCGUUCACAUUUAGUCAUGCAUUUAUAUUAUUAAGAUUUCUUACCAUAUAAAGCAUUAAUGAAUGACUGCUUUCCUUUACAGCAAGUACAGAGAAGAAAAGCAUCGAUGUUGACUAUCAAUCGGAAAGUUGUCCUAACAGAAAUAACAGUUAUUUUGGUAAAUAACAAUGUGACAUGUUUUUUUGUUUAAAAAAAAAAAAAUGUAUUGGAUAAUCUACUGCCUGAUUUGAGGAGCAUUAAUUAAUGUUGUGUCGGGGGGGGGGGGGGGGGGUAAAUGAAUUUUAAUGUGAUGUAAGCCUGUUUGGUACAGAAACAAGGUGGAUUUAUACUUAUUACAAAAAAAAAUAACCAAACCUUAUAAUUCACAAGGUAGUGCAGGAAAAAAAUUACUUGGAGAGGCUGCAUCUUUUCCAAGCAUUUUCUGAAGAAUCUGAUUAACAUCUCAUAGUCCAUGUCUGUUUUCACACUGAUAUUUUAGGGUGCAUUACUUACUUAUAAAACAUGCAUGACACCAAUGUGUUCGUAUUAAUUAAAAUUGAAACUGUCUUUCGUUCAUUUGUGCGAUUUUAGUAUUAUAUUUUUUGUCGAGGAUUGGUUGGUACUCUGGUAUCACACUUCUAGGCACAAGACUCCAGAAAGUGCAACCUGUAAACUCGCAGCAUUUUGCUUAGUGUUUUGACGAUAUUGUGCAUUUUGAUCCUUGGUGGAUCAUGUUUUGAGGGGUAGCUUAUACUCCUCUAAACACAUAACGCAAAGGGUUCAUGUCUAAUAAUCUGAUGGACAUAUAGAGUCAUUAUGGUAUGAUGGAUAUUUUUCAAUUAUCUGUUUGUAUAUAUAGAUCCAUGUAAUGCAAAGUACCUGGUGUCUAUUCUACAGACAUUUAAAUGCAGUUCAACACUAUGUAUCCCAUCCAGUCAAAAAAUCUGUAUUGAAAUGAACCAAAACACAGUCAAUAUCCACAGUGUCAAAACUUUCUUCAUACUUUUUUUUCAUUCUUAAUCACUUUACAUUGACUUGAAAAAUAAAUAAAUAAAAAUUUAUUAAAAACUACAUUGCUAGAAAAACAAAACAAAAAAAGAUAAAUAAAAAAACCCAACCAACAAUGUUUUUGCUUCUUCUAAACAUAUAAAUGUACUAUUUCCGUAUGCAUUACAACUCUUUUUUUUCUUUUCACAGGAAACGUACUUUUGAAACCAACAACGUACCAGGCUGCUUAUAUCACCUAUACUCUAUUGCUCCUGAAGAGUGUUUUGUAUUGCCCUAUCCUGGUCUUGACGUACAAGUUUGCAGCGUGAUUUGUUAUCUCCUUGUGAAGACAAAAGCAAAUACAAACCAUUUAAUAUCAUUACUUGCUGAAAUGAGUUAGAAUGCUUAGGUUAUUUUGAAUGUAUAGCUUUUAUUGCAAUAACUAAAUUAGCUAUUUUUUUUUUAAACUUUCCACUGUAGAUUAAAAUAUCUAAUGAGCUGCAUGAAUAAGUAGUAAAUUGCUCUGUAUUCCUAAUGCUACAGCCCUGCUGAUGCCCCUUAUCGAUUAGGCUCCCCCCCCCAGUUUCCUGGCUCUCAUUCCCAGAGGGGUUGCUUCAAGUCAUGCUUCCAUGCCUUCUAAUUAGUUUAAUAUAGUUUUUUUUUUUUAUGGGGUGCGUGGUAGGAUUCCAGGAACUACUUGAAAACACUUUGACAAAAAAAUUGUGGGACUGUAACUAUAGCCACCUUGGAUCAUGAAAACUACAAUAAACCAUUGUGGUUACGGUGUAUAAAGUGUCCCUUUAACUCCUUAAUCAUGCCAAAACGUAAAUUGCAACAUUAACUCAUUUUUAUUUUCUUUAUUAUUUUUAAUUGGUAAAAUCUAUUCUGAUUUUCCUUUUAAAUAUAUUACAUUAAGUAAUUGUUCUGUGCCUCAGGUUCAUUUAAUUAUUUUUAUAUUGACAUAUGACGAAUAACAUUUAAAAUUAAAAAUAAAUACAAAUAGAAAAAAAAAAAACCUUUUGGCCAGAUUUAACAAAUGAAAACUCUGAAAUUCUGGAUAGAAAAAUGGUAGAUAACAAAAUGUGAUUUUUAUUUGGUACUGCAUCUGCUCAAGUAAAUUUCUAUUUACUUUUAAUUUGUAAACUCGCUAGAAAUAUGUUUCUGUAUUUGAAUAUUAUCGUAUAGGUUCACGUAAUUAGUG